UGCAGAGUGGAGUUGAUUGGUUUGCCGGCUACAGAAAAAAGGUGGGGGAGAGGGGGGAGGAAAGGAGGACCUUUUUCAAAUGUGCCUCCUUGUCGAUCAGCUGUUGUCUAGAAACCACGAAUGCAUAACAAAAAUGUAUGAUAACGGGGAGGAAUAGGAGAUAAACCCAGGUGUUCUUUUGACGUUGAGGACUACCACUACGGUCCCGCUUUAUACCUCGAAUUGUUAAGAUGUUUUGCCUUUAUCAUAUCGUCUUGAACGAUAAAGAAUAUGUACGAACAAGCUGCGAGUAGCUGGGCAAUCGGCCUGUAUUCUCUGUUCGAGCCAACGAAAUUUCUGCCGUUUCUUCCAAAUUUAUGGAACAAACAGGCUAUCAGUGCGCGUUACCCAAACGAUACGAAGGUGCGGGACACCGACGUGCUCGUGGGAUAUCUUAUACUAUUUUGGGUGAUGCUGUAUCUGAUGUAUGAAAAGUGUCUUAAUUUACUGUUCAGACGUAUGCGCUUUCCAUUGGUACAGCGAAAUAGGAUAAUUGAGGCUGUAUGGAACUGUGGUUUCUGUUUUGGUAGUAUAUGUUACAUGAAGUCAUCGGCCACACAGAUUCUGAGCUUUACACUCCACGAGCAGGGAACUACUUAUCGGGAAUUAGGGAUUGCGCUGCACAAGAGUUUUUAUUUUCAUCAAGCUUUCAUCGACAUACUGUGCUAUGGUGCUUGGAUAAAAGGCUGUACAAAUUUGCUCUUUGCGUCUUUUGUCCUGAAUCCGUAUCAGCAAAAGUGGUGUACAGUUACAAGCAUCUUUCUACUGUAUAGAACUAUUGAUAUUGUGAUAAUUAAUGUUUGUCGGAUUCUAUUAUGCAUUUUUCAAACUAUUGGAAGACCAGUUUCUAAACUGAUAUUCUUAUUACACUGCCUGACUUGGAUAUAUUUGUACUUACAUUACGUGCCUACAUAUAUGCUUUGGUCAGAAGAUGUAAAAUACACAAGAACAGAACCUGGCUUGUGGCUUUGGUUUGCAGUAGAAUGUUUACAUUCGGUAUGGUUAAAACUCAUCGGGCAUGCAAGAGCUACACAUUGGCUUGAAAUCUGUUUAUUUCCACCACCGACGCAGGAAGCUAUUAAAUUAGCUGGUAUCCAUAAAAGGCAUAAAGAAUCUUUGAGGAAAUUUAAUAGCAAAGCAGCUAAGAAAGUCGAAUUAUGGCAAACACUUGUUUGUGCAAUGGCGAUUAAAAAGAAAAUUAGAAGGAUUCGUGAAACUAAAAAUGGUACAGAUGUAUCAAUGAAAAAACCUGAAGAAACUGAAGAACUCGAAGCACAUGUAAAUGACAAGUUAGCGAAAAACUAGCUAUACUGAACAAACUAGCUAUACAGUUAUACUGAAAUAUUUCUGAAAAGUAGCAUUUACAGAAUUUAUAUCAAUGAUAAAAGACAUGAAUCUUUUUCAAACGAAUUUAAUUGUACAAUGAAAAAAUUUCGUUAUCGUAAUGUUUAAAACAUCGAAUAUAUACGAAUUUUUUUAAGGAUUAGAGUCUUUUACUGCAUUGAUGGCACGCAUUAUUCUCAACGAGUACUAAUCUCUAUUGAGAUAUAGUUAUGUUUUAGUACAUAAAUUAAUAGUAAAAA